AUGCCGCCGCGCCGCCGAGCAACUUCGGGCUACUGCGGCAUCUGCGAGCGCCCCUCCGGCGCGUACCAUGCCGAGAUCCGGCCUGGCAAUGUUCGGCUCGGCCUCGGCACAUUCGAGACCGCGCACGAGGCCGCCCACGCGUAUGGCGCAGCGGCGUGGCGCCUAGAGAGGCCUCCCUCACAGAUGAACUUACACGACGUCUACAUGCGCGAGCAGGCACAGGACAUCGCCCCUCCCCCUUGUCUUAUCACGGACCUGGACCAUGCGGAGCACCGUUGGCGGCAGCGCCGCCUCCUCAUCGCCAAGGAGGACGAGCGAGCCAUGGCGGAGUGGCGCCGGCACCACCCGGAGGACGUCGCCAACGAGCGCGCCUUCUGGGCGGAGAGGAAGGCAAGGCGCCGCGCGGCGCGGGCGGACCGGCGUCGGCGGAAGGCACUAACCAUAUCGCAGUGCGAUCUCGUCAACGCCGGUGGGAAGUCGUUCUUCACGCCCGACGAUGAAUGUUGGGAGGACGUGUGGAUCUCUACCUCGAACAGCACUAGCGAGGGUGAUGAUGAGGACGACUCGGAGUAG